AUGAUUGGCGACAACCCGUCCAUAGGCGCUAAGAGGCCGGGCGUGAGUUGGCGUCACGCGAGCGCCGGUGCCCUCAGCGGGUGUGCGACCCGUUUCGUGACCCAACCGUUUGAUGUGAUUAAGAUUAGGUUUCAGCUCCAGUUGGAGCCCAUCCACCGCAAGAGCACCACAUCUAAGUACAGGUCCAUCGGACAGACGGUGCGCACCAUCGCCGCAGAGGAGGGCCUCUCCGGCCUCUGGAAGGCCCACCUCUGCGCCCAACUCUUGUCGUGUGUCUACGGAAUGAUUCAGUUCUCGACCUUUGAAUUGUACACUCAGUUAGUGAACAGAUCAUCGCUGGUCACCACUACCGGUGCGAAUGAUCCCCAGCGACAGCCCUUUCUGUCCACUCAUCAGCCAUUAGUGCACUUCUGUUGCGGGUCUUUGGCCGGACUGAGCGCCACUCUCGUCGCCCAUCCUAUUGAUGUGAUUCGCACCAGAAUUAUAGCCCAAUCGGAGCCCAAGACCUACACGUCGACCCCCAACGCCUUCAAGACCAUUGUCCGGACGGAGGGCUAUCGGGCGCUGUUCAGGGGUUUAGUGCCAACUCUUAUCCAAAUCGCGCCGUUGACUGGCAUUCAGUUCACUGUCUAUAAUAAGUCUCAACGGCUUUGGGACACAUAUGUGGGACCGAUGCAGUUGUCUGAAGAACACCGAAGAAGUGAUAAAAUGCAAAGAUUUCUGUUUUUUGAGAAGACAUUCAUCUGCGGCGGUGUCGCGGGUCUGACCGCAAAGCUAACUGUCUAUCCGAUGGACUUAAUUAAGAAACGCCUUCAGGUGGAGGGCUUCCAGAAGGCGAGACAAGGCUUCGGCGCCGUCGCCACAUAUAAUGGGUUCAUAGACUGUGUCCUCAAAAUCAUGAGACAGGAGAAUGUGUUCGCCUUUUAUAAGGGCCUCAGCCCUAGCCUUAUGAAGGCUGCCGUCACUACGGCUCUCAACUUCUCUCUCUAUGAAAAUAAGGAGUCACCGAAACCGCGGUCUCCAAGAAAGUCUAAACCUCGCGCCAAAAGGGACGGUAAGGAUAUUGUGCCGAAGGAUAACUGGAAUCAGUUUGAAAUCAGUGGUAAAGUUAAGGAAUCGGUUCUGAAGUUCAAAAUACCCGAAGAGUUUCAGACAGUAGACGAUUGCUUGAAGGCUCAGAAGCUCAUUAAGAAGGAGCAGUUAGGGUCGGGUGCCUUUGCACAUGUGUAUCGGGUGAUUGAUAUUGAAACCAAAGACGAGAAGGCCGUGAAGUCAUUCAAAUUAGACGAUAGGCUUUCCCCUAAAGAAACGAUUGAUAACUUCAUGACUGAGCUGAUGGUGAUGACAGUCCUCGACAAACACCCGAAUAUCGUCCAAAUCUACGGCUCUUUCAUAAUAAUCGACAGUUUGAAGAAACAGAGGAAGUGUUACAUAAUCAUGGAGUUAGCAAACGGAGGCACAGUAUUGGACAGUAUGAUCGCCAGUAUGGGCCCCAACGGACCCGUAUACCAGCCGUUAGGUGAAGACAAGGCGAAAGACUAUUUCAGCCAAAUAUUU